GUGUAGUCAACACUCGCUCCUUAGUCGCUUGCUGGCUCACGCAAACGUCUCAGCUGCUUGCAAAAGAAGAAGAAGAAAAAAAAAGAGUAGAAACCAGAGAAAAACUGAGCUAUAGGAGAGAAUUAUGCAGGGGAACUGCUAAAAAUAUCUAUCAGUACAGAAGAUCUGUCAUUUUUCCUCUCACGUUUGCUCUAAUUUUUCUUUUUCCAUUCUGCUGUACCCUGGAUACCUGACCGGCAGGAUUAAAAAUGACUUAAAUUUCAAUCAACUGUGGCAGGAGAGAAAGAAAGAGGGAUGAAAAAAGAGGAGUUAGUCCUCUGAAGAGAUUCAGCAGCACACAGCUGGUGAGAACGAGGGAGUGUUAGACAUAGAGAGAAAUCAAGAGAGGGAGGGAAGAGGACCGGAGUCCGAAAGAGAGAGAGAAAGAGGGUCUUGUUUCGCUUUUGAGGAAGCCAGGAGUUGGAUCGCCGUUUCUUGCUGGACUACUCGACUGGAAAUGCUGGAAAAGCAGUCAUCCCACCCUCCCAUCGUCCUGUUUUUCUCUGCGCUUGGGACAUUGUUUUGCCGUGAGGCAUAAAGGCCUCAGAACUGGCAGCUCACUGGAAUUCGACACUGAAAGACGAAUGGGACAAACAACUAAAGAGGUGAAUGCAUGAAAACAACACUAUGAGCAAUUUGGAGGAGAACACAAACAAGAUGCACAUCUGGAUUAAGGAAUAAACAAACCGACAGCAUGUGAGAGAGUGAGAUGAGAAGGUGUUAAAAGGGAAAAUGAGCACAUGAACAUGGGAGAUGGAUGAAAAGGAGCAGGAACAGAAGGUGAGAGGAAGAUAAAAACAGCAGGAUCCUGGAAAAUAGAGGACAAAAACAGCUGGAAAGAGUCAAAAUUGGAAGAAUAUGGUGAGAAUCUUAAAAUGCGUUUAGUGGAAAUGUGAAAUUGCUGGUAGGACCUAAGGCCAAAAUGUUUCACAACAGGAACAUUUUAACUAGGGAAGAGCAUAUCCCAGUGCAUAUCCCAGAUACGAGUGGGAUUGAGAGUCUGACUCAAGUUAAAUCCUCAUGUUUAAAGUGUGUGCAUGGACACAGGAUAAACACAUAAGCACACACAGACAUUCCUCUAAUUUGACAAGGGAUAAACACCUCAGUCUGGAUUAAAACACACCCUAGAACCUUAAAGACAUGCAGACAAACCUGGAAAUGAGCAGCUAAUUGACCUGGAAUCAACACAGACAAUAAAAAGGUCUGUGGAUCACCCUAUCUACCAUGCAAGACUCCCCACCCCUUCAGCCAUUCAGAAAACCACAUCCGUCCCACAUUUUAUGCCAUCCUCACAGGAACACACACUCCCCCUCAUUGUCUUCUCAUCCAUCCAUCCAUCUGAAACUAAAUAUCCUCAAACCCUCUGAAGCAUUUUGUCAACGCUUUCCUCCACUGUGGACAAAGUUCACCAGCAGAAACUCACCCCCAGACACAUCCUCACCGACACUGCCACUGCAAUUACUGCACUGGCUGGCACUAGUCACUUUUGCCUGCUUGCUGCCUGCUCUUUUCAGUCAGAUUCCAGGAGCUGUAGCUGGCGAGACGUGGGGUGUGGUUGCAGCGUGCCCCUUCCAUUGUGUCUGCAGGAAUCUUUCAGAAUCUCUAAGCACACUUUGUGCCGAUAAAGGUCUUCUUUUUGUCCCGCCAAACAUUGACCGCCGAACUGUUGAGCUUCGCCUUGCUGAUAACUUCAUUCGAGAGGUGGGAGGAGUUGACUUUGCCAACAUGACGGGACUGGUGGAUUUGACACUAUCCCGGAAUACCAUCAGUCACAUCCGGCCACUGGCAUUUGCAGAUCUCGAAAGUCUUCGUUCGUUGCACUUAGAUGGCAACCGAAUCUCAGAGCUGGGCCCACGAGACUUAGUAGGCAUGGUAAACCUGCAGCAUCUAAUUCUCAACAAUAACCAGCUCAUCAAUAUCUCCUCCGAGGCCUUCGAUGACUUUUUAUUCACUCUAGAGGACUUGGAUUUAUCCUAUAACAAUCUGCGCAAGGCUCCCUGGGAUGCCAUUCAGAGUAUGGCCAGUCUGCACACUUUGAACCUAGAUCACAAUCUCAUUGACCAGAUUGCUGAGGGGUCUUUUAGUGAGCUCUACAAAUUAGCCCGAUUGGACAUGACCUCCAAUCGGCUAAAGACUUUACCACCCGAUCCAUUGUUCGCUCGCUCCCAGACAGGGGUCAUCAGCCCUACACCCUACAAUGCCAUAAUCAACUUAAAUUUCGGGGGUAACCCAUUACACUGCAACUGUGAACUGCUUUGGUUGAGGAGGCUGAUCCGCAGUGAUGAUAUGGAAACAUGUGCUACACCCCUUCAUUUAGCGGGACGUUACUUCUGGUCUAUCCCUGAGGAGGAAUUUGCUUGUGAGCCUCCGCUAAUUACCCGACAUACACACAAACUCUGGGUUUUGGAGGGUCAAAGGGCAACACUCAAAUGUCGUGCUAUUGGUGAUCCAGAGCCAGUGGUGCACUGGGUCUCACCAGAUGACCGCAUCAUUGGCAAUUCCAGUCGUACCACAUCUUUCCGAAAUGGCACUCUUGAGCUACAUGUGACUAUUGCUCGUGAUGAUGGUACGUACACUUGUAUUGCUAUCAAUGCUGCAGGUGAGGCCACCUCACUUGUUGACCUGAAGGUUAUUCCCCUCCCUCAUCGUGGAAAUGGAACGGUAUUGUUAGCUCGUGACCCAGGAUCAUCAGACAUCACCAGAGGGAAGACUUCCAGUGGGCAAAGCUCUGGUCUGGACACUAACAGUGACCCCCAGGAGGGACAGGAGGAGGGUCAGGCAGAGAGUGAGGAUGUGGUUAGCGAAGGGAUUGAGGAGCAGAUGGUGGGAGUACAAGGAGUGACCUCCACCUCAGCACAAGUGAGAUGGGAUAAAGGUCAACUGAUGGGAGCCAGCCUGGUGUGGAUGUAUCAAAUACAGUAUAACUGCACUGCUGAUGAGACACUAAUUUACAGGAUUCUGCCCCCCACAAGUGACAGCUUUCUACUGAAAAACCUGGUCUCUGGCUCAGACUACAAUUUGUGCGUGCUAGCUAUUUUUGAUGACACAGUCACUUCCAUGGCCGCCACAAAGGUCCUUGGUUGCACCCAGUUUAGCACCAAGGACAAUUACCCAGACUGCCGUUCACUUCAAGCCCACUUCCUUGGCGGGACUCUAACAAUUCUGGUUGGUGGAGUUGUUGUAGUAACACUGUUGGUGUUUACCGUGGCACUGAUGGUACGUCACCGUGUGUGCAGUAACCAUGACAAUCAUCAUGAAAUUGGUGAGGAGGUGGGUUGCUCAGGAACAGACUCCCCGCCUCUUCCUGCCAAGGGAGCCGAUGUCUUUUCUCAGAGUAAUGGAAAUGGGAAUGUGAUGAUGGUGGUGCUGCCCAAUGUGCUUGUUCAAAAACGAAAAGUUGCAGAGAGAGGGUUGGGGUCACCCCCCAAACCAACUUCCAAAGUGAAACCAAAAACCCUCCCAAAGCCCAAGGUGAAUCUGGAACAGUUCAGGGCAGGACUUGAAGUGGAGAUGCGGUCUGUCAGGCCUCUUCCUCCAUACAUGCUGGAGAAAGAGCAAAUGUCUUUGUAUUAUACCCCCAGUAAUCAUUCCCCCUCCACACUGCCACGGCCAUCACAUCAAUUAGGAGCGAAACUGCUCAAACUGCACCCUACAAAUAUGGAUACAAAUAAACGGGCAAGUUUAAGCUUGGCUCCGCCCCCUACGUACAGUCGUGACAGGCGGUUCAGCACAGGAGGGAGCAUUGUAGUCCGUCGGGGAGGGCCAGAGAGCCAGUGGAAUUCCUCACUGGCCUAUCAGAGCCCUGUGUUGUCCCGCGAGAGUCCUCCUCACAGCGCCCUGCGCUACAAGAGAAGCUCAUCAUUUGAUAUGGGUGAAAUUGCCACAACAGCCUGCUAUAGUUAUGCCAAGAGACUCAGUGUUAUCUGGACCAAACGGAGCCAGUCGUUACAUGGCAUGCUUGUCCAGUGCACUUCAGCAACAAGCACCUCAACAACCAGCAGCGGCAGCGAAGAUUUCCACAUGCAGCAUGCACGCGGGCACAUCCGUGCCUACAAUGCCACCAACUCAAAUUCCAACCCUCCGAAAGUGGAGGUUACAACAAAUUCAAAGAACCAGUGGCUGAAGGAUAAAGAAAAGGACAAAGAAAAGGAAGAAGAACUUGAGGAGAGUGUGGUGUAGGUAAAGAUAAAAAAGAUAAAUGAAGAGACAGGCUGUUAGGACCAAAAAAGAUGGAUGCAGAAGGAUUCAAAGAGAAACCGGUUUAAAGGAAAGCUGAAAAUGUGGUAAAGUUACUGUAUAAGACUGUAUAACAAAAAAACUCAACAAAAACAAACAUAAGCUGGUUUGGUGACCUUAGCUUUUCUCUGGUUUGGUAAUGGUGAUCUGGUUUGCUGGUUUUAGAUGGGUUUGGGGUACUUGCCAGUCGGACAGCCUGUGACACCAGCAAAACCAGCUGAAGACCAGCUUGAUUAGGCUGAGAGACCAGAUUUGUCAGAUUUGUCUUUUGCUAGAUUUGUCAUAGGAUGGUUUUAGACUGACUUUUCAGAAGGAAAGUUGUUGAAGAUCUCAUAUAAUAUUGAUGAAUCAUUCCAGAAGGUACAAAAAACGGCAGCAUUGGUUUAGGCAGCAGAUAUAAAAGUCAAGACUUCUAAAAAACAUACAAAAAGUCUGUUUUUUCAGUGAAUUUUGGAGAACCACAAACUAAAUUUCAUUUUAAAACGCAGUCAAUGUAAACAAAAAAGCACAUCACUAAAUAAAAGCAGGCCGACAGAAACAGUGAUUACAGUACUAACUCAUGUGGACCUUGGGGAAAUAUGAUGGUUCAUUUUACUGUGGCCACGUGCAUUGCAGGGAAAAGGCCAGCAAGUGGACAUGCCGACUCAUGCACAAUCGAUUGGAGGAGAUCAAUUGAUAACCGCAACAGUGGUAUUACAGCAAAUGUGGAAUGCAGAGGAUGCAAACUGCAAGGAAAGUGAAAGUGUACAAACUGAACAAUGGUGGCAUGAUUUGGAACACUUUUAAAACAUGAAUGGGCAUUGACUGACAAUUGAUAUUUUGAGCGUGUAUGUGUGUAUGUGUUUGUAAGUGUGUAGGUGAGUGGGUGGAUUAAUGCACAUACACAAAAAAAAGAAUCAAAAAUAAUUUUAUGACACCACUGGAUCUACUGUAUCAUGUGACCACCACUAUCCAGUACAGGAUAUGUGUUCUGUGACAAUUAUGUCGGACGCUGGACUAUUAUAGAAGGAAAAAAUUCAUUUUAAAAAAUGCCAUUCCAAAACCACAGAAUCAACGAAUAAAUUCUGUUUUAAAAUAUGCUUUGUUUGGAGAAAUGGAAGAAAAGGACACUAAUGAGUUGUUUUGCCAGAAAUUUUUCUUUUUAUUUUUCAUGAAAUAUACUAGCAGUGAAAAACAAAGUUAAGUUUUUUUUUUUUUUUUUUUGGCGUAAACAACUGAGUAUAGAAAUAAAGAUUGAAAUAAGGGAACCACCUAUAUUAAUAACCAUUUUAAUAUCUGGGUGUUACUGUAUCUUAUUUUGCCAAAGUAAACAUUGUUGCCUUGAUUUUAUAUCCUUAAAGGAAUAAUCAGAGGUCAUUACAAGUUAAGCUUAAUCGACUGCACACAUGACAUUAUGUUGAUUACCACAAAAAAACUCAAUUUCAGCUCAUCAAAAACAAAUCUGUGAAGCACUUUCAAUGGAAAUGAAUGGUGCAAACUGUAAAUGUUAUAUUGUUGCAGUAUGUAAACAAUAUGUGUCUAAACAUAAUUUCAGUGUGCAAAAGUUACACUACCAUUCAAAUGUUUUUAGUCAGUUAUUUAUUUAUUUAGUUUUGUUUUAAUUCAGCAAGGUUUCAAUAAAUUGAUCAAAAGUGACAGUAAAUUCAGCUUUGCCAUUACAGGAUAUUAAAACAGAAAAUUAGAUAUAUUUUAUGGUAAUCGGAAUUAUGCCAUAAAUGCUGUAGACUGAGCUUACCUUGUAUUGAACCCAGAAGCUUCAUUUAAAAAUAAAAAAGGGACAGAAUACAGCACUGUUAAGAUUUUUAAUUUAAGGUAAGGUAAGGUUACUUUUUAAGUAAGAUACGUUUUUUCCCCUUGUUUUGCUGCCAUAAAAAGAGGGCAGGAGACUUGUUUGCUUAAUUACUCUCCCUCUUUUCCAUUGUUAUGUCCUGUCUAUCUGCAGUUUGGGAAAGUUGCUGAGGAAGGGCAGAAUGUGAGGCUGAGAUAAAGACAGGGAAAGAGACAGAUUGAGGGAAAGAGAUAGGACUGACGGCACUGUCUGAAAGAGUGCUGAUGCGGGACACACAGAGAGAGGAAGAGCUAAAGUGAGUGAGCACAAUGGACAGAGCUGGAGAAAAAGAGAGAGGACAUUGUGUCUGUAAUGUGCACAUUAGCAGUAUUUUUGUUAUGUGAGUACUUUGCCAGAAUUUAUCUCAUUGCCAAUAAACCCCAUUUAAGAAUAGCUUAGGUGAAAGGAGGGGGAGAAGAUGAGUUGAGCUGUGUAUGUGUGUGUGUGUGCAUGGAUGGAUGUAUGAUUGCACAGAUACUGUGUACAUCUCUGCCUUCUGUAUUUACCCACAGCAGCAGACAGGCUUACAGAAGGUUCUGUACAGGUUUGUAGUGACAUAAUGUUGAAUAAAUUAUGACUUUUCAUUUUUGGGAGAACUAACCCAAUAAAUGCCUUUCUUUUGACCUAAUUUUACACAGAAAAACAACAGCAACAACAACAACAACAACAACAACAACAACAACAACAACAACAACAACAGAGUGAAUGGCCAUAACCCCAGUGAUCUGUGUUACAUAAUCAGAUCCCAGUGGUCCAUAUCAUUUGAGAAGAUUAAAGUUGGCUCAGUGCAUAUUGUGGCCAUGCAUGACAGUCUAUUUGUCUGAAAGAGAUGGGCCAAAAAGAGAUGAGAAAAUGUGCUAUUUCUCACCCAGUUCCAGUGUGUGGGUGUGUGUGUGUGUGUGUGUGUGUGUGUGUGUGUGUGUGUGAUGUAGCCUAAAAUAAAGGACAUCCAGCUCUACUUUACCUGCCUGCAGCAAAUUCUGGCCCAAUUUGACUAAUUAAAACCAGUUUGAUUGAUGUAUUCACACAUACACAGUUUGUUCUUACAAUGUUUCUGCACUCAGCCAAAUCACACAGAUAAACUGGUUCAUCUCUAAUAGGGUGGCUACAGAAUGGCCAAGAAUGAACUUGUCAUCCAGGGCAGUCUAAUAAGGGAAACAUAACUAUAGCGAUUUAUAGCCUUGCACCACCAAAACGUCACUCUGGUGACACUUCCACCUAAUUUCAGAUGAUUCCUUUAGGCCUCUGAAUAUCACAUGUUUGAGUGAAUCAAAACACGAAAGCCAAACCCCAACCUCACCAGCCUGUCAAGCACUUAGUAGGGCAACUUUUGCCAAUGUGCAGAUAAUCUUAGUUGCAUCACUGUCUGAAUUACAUACCCAGGGCAAAAUAGGCAGAUAUAAUCAAGAUUUAAUCAAGAAGGACAAAAACAGCAUUAUGUACUAAAAACAGUCUGUAUGACUUGUGCACUUUAUUCCAAGUCAUCAAAAGCCAAGUGGAUGCCAAGUUUGAGUGACAGACCAAGCCAUUUUUGUUUAAUUGUAAGGAAAAAGCAGAUUGAUCUCCUUUUGUGAAGACAGAAAUCACGAGUUUGAAACAUCAUAAACAUCAUAAGAGUAAUAUGCCAUUUUAAUUUUGGGGUGAACAAGUCUGUAAAAAAUGAUGUACUGUAUAUCAGUGACAAUGCAACUGAUAAUGGCACAAGGGUUACAUAUUGAUCAGUAUGGAUAUAUGUUGCUAGAAUGAUGUUGGAAAGAUUUUCUUCUGUUUGAAGAAUUUCAAAGAUCGCGC